UACAGCACUGCCUUCAGCUGUCCAGCUGUCACAGAAACAGCUGUUGUGCAGAAACAGAAGCUACAGAAGCAAAAGAGGAAACUUAAAGUCAUUUUCUUGAAAAAAACCAACCAAAAACAAGAAUGAACGAUCCGGUCUACAUGAUCCUCUCCAACACUCCCGAAGAGAUGAACGAUCCCACCCUGAGUCCGGGUCGUCGCCAGCUCCAGAAAUGGCUGGGCCGCCGCAUGAGAAUUGUCCUAACUGAUGGCCGCAUCCUGAUUGGCGUCUUUUCGUGCACGGAUCAGCAUGUAAACAUUGUCCUGACCAAGUGCCGCGAGUAUUUGGUGCAGGGCGGCGAAGGCCGAGCCCUACGCACCGUUUCGGUGCAGGGCAAGCACAUUGUGAACAUCUGCAUGGAUACUACACAGCCUUGAGUUGCUUUUCUAACAUCAUCUGUACCAUCAAAUCGUGUAACGAAUAAAACCCAUGUAAAGGAAA